CCCUCUUUAGAGAGCGACCACCGUACUAUCGCCACAGACGACACUGGAUGUGUCGUUGCUCCCUCCACCCCACCCACGCCACCUCGUCUGGAGCCUUCUAAACUAUGCUAACCUGCCGCGGGAGCGUGCAGACUUCUCGGCCGAGUGACUUCCCCCAGCUUGUGGAUUUUAAGCACCGACCAAAGGAUUUAAAAAAUGUUGGACACCACACGGUGGAAAUAUGUCCUGUGUGCCGCCAUCUUGACUUUCACUGCUGUCAUUGCUCUUGACUCAAGGACAGGUGCAGCGUUCGAAGGGUCCUCCAUGGGACGUCCUGACGAGGGCCCCGGCGGGGGAACCUCUCUCCAGACGCACCCUCGGGUCCUCCGGAUAUCCGAGGCGAAGGUGGGCCCCGUGGGCCGGGGGCCGGCCGGGCCCAGGAGGAAGCGGGACGUCCUGCUGGCCAGUGGGGUCAAGCUUUGUGCCCAGGAGACCUCUGAGCAGGUGGUGGCCAACCACCUGGGGUACUUCCACCUCAGAGUCUGCCAGGAGACUGUAUGGGAGGCUUUCAAGAUCUUCUGGGGCCGUCUUCCCGAGCAGGAAGAGUAUCAAAGUUGGAUGAGCCAAUGCCAGGAUGCAGCUGUUUCGGCGCAGGAUAUUGGCCGAUAUUUCAGCCAAUCAAGAGAGCACCAGGCUUUGGUUAAGAGUCGGAUUUCAUCGCCGGGCUUGAAAAGCUCACCCACGCCCCAGACCUGGGGAGAGGAGGCGCGGGUCACCGCUCAAGCAGGCCCAGCUGGAACUGAGGGUCCCGAAGACAGAGAGCUGGCGGCCGCUGUCCCAGCAGCCACCGGGGGGGGGUUGGUGGAGGAGGAGGUGGAGGUGGUGGAGGUGGUGGAGGAGGAGGCUGUAUUCACAGAUGCCAGCCCGCUGAACAAUGACAUCACUCUGGCGCCGCCCUUGAUGACGUCUGUGCUGGAGCAGGUGGUGGAGCUGAGCAUCUCCCUGAUUGGUCAUAGCUACAGCGAGGACCUGGCGGACCCCGGCAGCCUCCAGUACCAGACCCUUAAGACCCAGUUCACGGAGACGAUGGAGGACGCCCUGGAGCGGCUGCCGGGGUUCCACAGCGUGUCGGUGUUGAACUUCAGGCCUCAAAUUGAUCUUCAAGGGGAGGAGGCGCUGGUGGUGGACUACUCGGUGACGGUGCUGGUGAGUGGGGCGGGCGUAAGCCCCGAGCAGCUGGACUACCUGACCCUGCAGUCCAACCGGGUGGAGAACUCCCAUCACCUGGUGGAGGAGAGGCCCACGCUGGUCUUCACCGUCGGCAAGGUCCGGAUCCACGGAGGCGAAGCGCUACACAAGACAGACGCCGAGAGUGAGCCUGGAUCUCCGGACCCCCCACCGACCCCAGACCACCCAGAGACCACAGAACCGCCAGAGACCCCAAACCCCCCAGAACCCCCAGAGACCCCACACUCUCCUAUUACCCCAAACCCCCCAGAAACCACAGACCCACCAGAGACCCCUCACCCCCCACAAACCCCUAGACCCCCACAGACCCCAGACCCUCCACAAACCCCUCACCCCCCACAAACCCCUAGACCUCCACAGACCCCAGACCCUCCACAAACCCCUCACCCCCCACAAACCCCUAGACCCCCACAGACCCCAGACCCUCCACAAACCCCUCACCCCCCACAAACCCCUAGACCCCCACAGACCCCAGACCCUCCACAAACCCCUCACCCCCCACAAACCCCUAGACCUCCACAGUCUCCCGACCCCACAGAUACCCCUAACCCUCCAGAGGCCCCUGAGACCCCCGAGUCUGAGUCCUUUGAUGAACAUCUAGUUGAUGCAGGGACAGCAGAUGUCCCCAUCCUGGUGGAGGAUUCUGCAGAGAACAAGACAGACUUCCUCGAGGAAGUCCCCGAGAUGGAUGCCGUGAUUCUGGAGGAGAGUCAAAAAGAGUCUCCCGAUCCUGGAAAUGCCAUCUCUCCCAUCGAUGAUAGUAUAGAGGAGGAAGGCCUGAUACCUGGAGACCUUUCGCUGAUGACCACUCCAGAGAGCCCACCGCCAGGGACGCUCCCUGCUGAGGUGGCGUCCCCAGAGCGAGCAGAGGUGAUCGCUCAUCCCGAGCCGCCAGUGGAAAGCGAAGCCUCGGGCCUGGAACCUGACGAUCCUCCAUCUUCAUCGGAAACAUUUACAACUACAGAGGCGGUGGAGGACUCCUCUGAGACAACAGAUGACGGGCCGAUCGGUAGCCAAGAGGAGAACGCAAUCUCUGAAAACAUUCUUGUAGAGCAAGAAAUCCUGACCGAGGUCCAGGAAGGGGCAGGACAAGAGUCCAUUGCUGGAUCUGAAGGGGAGGACAAAGAGGAAGCCAUCAAUGUGGAGGACGUUCCACAGGAGAUUGAAAUCACCACCGUGGUGACGGAGACCACCCAAGAGGAAGAUCAUGUUGUCUCAGUGGUGGUGGCUACACCGGCGAUGACAGAGGAAGAAGAGGAUCUUCCACAACAACCGGAGGAUCUCCCGGCCAUCAACGUCAACCCAGCCCCUCCUGAGGAGCCUGCAAACGGGGAGGUAGAAGAGGAGGGGGAGGAUGUUGUGGUGACAGGGGAGGAAACCGGAGAUGUUAUAGAGCAGGAGAACGAAGAAGAGUCGGUGGAGGUCUUCUCCGAAGACCCGGUGGUGGAAGAAAGGGCAUCGGAUGGCCUCGGUAUCUUCGUGUCAGGUGACCUCACAGAGGAUGAGCUCUUAUUGGUCAACCAGAAGGAGCCAGAGCGGCCAGUCGUCAAUCCUCUCCACCCUGGCCCCCCGACCGCCCUGACACCUGAGAGAGAGUCUCCUUUCACUCGCAUCUCUGACAUCGUAGCGGCCGUAGACGAGCGGUCUGACACGGGAGUGUCCGUCACCACCAUGGGUGUGCAGACCACCGUGGUGGACCUGGCUGACCCUACGGAGGGGGACCCUGGCUAUGACGUUAUUCACUAUGGUUACGGGGCGACCAAUCAAACAGAGGAGGACAGCAGUGGGUUCCCGGCCGGCGCGCCACUAGGCACCGACCAGGUGAGCAUCGCCAUGCCUGUGAUGCCCCAGCGGGCGCUGAUGGUGUUCUUCAGUCUGAGGGUGACCAACAUGAUCUUCUCAGAAGAUCUCUUCAACAAGAGCUCUGCAGAGUACAAGGCCUUGGAGCAACGCUUCCUGGAGCUGCUGGUCCCCUACCUGCAGUCCAACCUGAGUAACUUCCAGAACUUGGAGAUCUUGAAUUUCCGCAAUGGGAGCAUUGUGGUGAACAGCAGGAUGAAGUUUGGCAAGCCAGUGCCCCAAACUGUCACCACGGCGGUGUACCUGAUCCUGGAGGACUUCUGCAACACGGCCUACCAGACCAUGAACCUGGCCAUCGACAAGUACUCGCUGGAUGUCGAAUCGGGCGACCAGGCGGACCCCUGUAAGUUCCAGGCGUGUAAUGAGUAUGCAGAGUGUAAGGUGAACAGGUGGACGGGCGAAGCAGAGUGUGUGUGCACGGCUGGCUACUUCAGUGUGGACCUGCUGCCCUGCCAGAGCAUCUGUGAGCUCAGGGCGGACUUCUGCCUCAACGACGGCAAAUGUGACAUCAUCCCUGGCAAAGGGGCAAUCUGCAGGUGUCGCGUCGGGGAGAACUGGUGGUACCGCGGCGAGCAUUGUGAAGAGUACGUAUCGGAGCCCCUGGUGGUUGGCAUAGCGAUAGCCUCGGUGGCGGGCUUCCUGCUGGUGGCCUCCGGGGUGAUCUUCUUCCUGGCCAGGACACUGAGGGAUCAGUACGACAAGGACGAGUCCGAGGACCCCAUACGGCAUGCGGAGAGCCACCCGUCUCUGGAGCGGGCGACCAAGUACAACCCAAUGUACGAGAGCGAGGCCACCACGGGCUACAGCCACUACUACCGCCGCUACCCCGAGGCGCCCGUCUACAGCAGCGCCAGCGCAGAGGCCUCCACCGACUUCAGCAGCGAGGAGAUCCGACACAUUUACGAGAACAGCGAACUCACCAAAGAGGAAAUCCAAGACCGAAUACGCAUAGUUGAGCUGUACGCUAAGGACCGGCAGUUUGCAGACUUCGUCCGGCAUCACCAAGCAAGUGUGGACAUCCGUAGAGAAAGCUCCUCCGCACAAUCGUGAAUAUCUCCAAACCUUUCCCCUAGAAAAAUAAGUGCCUUCUCUUGAUUGGCUGAGCUUUGGUGGAACGUCCUUGAUGUCUGGGGGAGGCAUGCCCGCUUAACAGUUGCGUCCCUCUGAGAAGAUUCUGAUUGUCUCCUUUACGUAGCUCGAAACGCUAACCAUUUGGUAGUUUGGAGAAGACAAUAACACAGCCAAUAUGGAAAAGUGUAAAUUAUGGAUAAGUAUCUUAGAUGAAUAGUGUUUUGCUGAUUUUUGGCUGCAUACGUGUCCAAUGUUCCUCAAUAAGCAUAAAAUCUCACCAAAUAUAAUUGGGGCAAAAUUGUUGUUCCUCAAUGUAUCACUCUGACAACUGAGUUCGGAGGGAAGACAAAAAUAAGAAGGCUGCUAUUGUUUCUAGUGAAUGGUGCUAUUUAUAUAGACUGAUUGCAAUGUUCCUCUAGCUUACGUAAAGCUUCAGUUUACAUUAGUGAGUAAACUCUAUCUGUCAACUUCAUCGUGGAGUUCACUGGAACAUCAGGUUCCUUUACUGUUCUGCAUUUAGGUGGCCAAACAGAGCCACACUAGGAUUACUGUGUAGGCCUCGCAUCGCUGAUGGAAACUUUCAGUUAGGUGAUCCACGGAGUAGUAUUCCACCCCAUGUACAACGUUGACAGUGAUACCUCUGCCUUCUUUGAGUAAUCCCUUCAUCAACAUCAACUUUUAGAAUCUUUAUUUUCAUUUUUUUUUAAGUUUGAUGAGACAGACAUGAAGGAACAAGGAACUGAAAAAAAUGAGGCCAGCAUUGAGGGAGGCUCGAUAGCUCUCCAGCUCCAGGACUCCAGAAAUAAGUCAAAACACAUUUAGGACGGAAAAUCUUCUAGGGAAAAGGAGUCUGGGGAUUUGAUCAAGUGGUCUGCUUUCAAAUGCAAUAUGUAAUGGGGACUGAAAACAUUGAAAAUGAGGAGAAAGAAGGGGAAAAAGAAAAAAAUCCCAAGUUUGGUAAACAACAUGUGCUUUUUGGAUAGAUGAAGCACAAGCCUGUCUUCUCCCAAAACAAAACUGGUUUCACGAAACAUGGAAAAAAAUAAAAUAAGUGGUUGGCUUGGAGAACCGUCCUGCUCUUCGAGCUAAAAUAAUGAAGACAGUGUUUUCCACGUGUUCCUUGCGCGUCCGGGGGCUCGUGGCGGUUGGCCCCCUACCUGCUGGCCGACCACCACAUCUGCGGCUGAUUACGCUGCACACGGCUGUUUGGUUUGGCAUGCAGGUGUGACCGUCAGACACGUACAGACUUUCUGUUUACAUCGCGGGCCUCAAGAUUUCUGCUCGUUUAGAUUCAAUAGGCCACAGACACAGACUCCUCUCACUCUCUCUCUCAAAUGCUCUCUCUUUCUCUCUCUCUCUCUCUCUCUCUCUCUCUCUCUCUCUCUCUCUCUCUCUCUCUCUCUCUCUCUCUCUCUCUCUCUCUCUCUCUCUCUCUCUCUCUCUCUCUCUCUCUCUCCUUCUCUCUCUCUCUCCUUCUCUCUCUCUCUCCUUCUCUCUCAUUCUCUCUCUCUCUCAUUCUCUCCUUCUCUCUCAUUCUCUCUCUCUCUCAUUCUCUCUCUCUCUCAUUCUCUCUCUCUCUCUCUCUCUCCCAUUCUCUCUCUCUCUCUCUUGCUCUCAUUCUCUUUCUUUUUCUCAUUCUCUUUCUGUUCUCUCGCUCUUUCUCUUUCUUUGUCAAAUCUUGCAUGCCUCUGCAUGUGUUUUUAUUAUGAUGUUUUUAUUUAUGUGCGUUCCACACACUGUUUCAUGUUCUUCCUCCUCCACAUGCAGCCCUGGUCCACUGCUCUACACAAGGUUUAAAACAGGAUCUCUAUCAAUUGCAUCACAGGUCGAUGUCUCCGUCUGAUUACACAUCCAAGGAAAUUAUUGUAUUUUUUCUGUUUUCUACCAUUGUGUAUGAUGUAUAUGUUUCUCACCAACACACAGCUGUGUCGUUGACCAAUAUGAAUAAAUAUACUAUUGUUA